GUAUUUGGCUCACGAAGUGACAUUUGCAAAUAUCUGAGACGGCUUAUCUGGAAUAAAAAUUUUCGUGCAUUCUUACUUUAAUCACUCAAACGAAAUGUCAGUUUCCUUGCGAUCUCCGCCCUCUUCAGCUCUCUCUUCUUCUUCCUCCUCUCUCCAGGGAGGAAAUGCGAGGCUAUUUUCAACCGCGUCUUCUACUGUGUACUUCAACUUGAGAACAUCUUUUCCUCUUAUUCGCGCUUCUUCUUCUUCUUCGCUUGAUGCUGGAUCGAGUACGGAGUUGGAUGAUGUGUCUAGCUUUAGCGAAAUCGUCCCUGACACUGUCAUUUUCGAUGAUUUCGAGAGGUUCCCUCCAACUGCUGCCACUGUUAGCUCAUCCCUCCUUUUGGGAAUUUGUGGCCUUCCUGAUACCAUAUUUAGAAAUGCUGUGGACAUGGCCUUGGCGGAUUCUAGUUGUUGUAAGCUUGAAAACGCUGAGUUGAGGAUGUCCUGUUUCUUCAACAAGGCUUUGGUAAAUGUUGGUGGUGAUUUGGCAAAAAUGGUUCCCGGUCGGGUUUCGACAGAGGUUGAUGCACGACUUGCUUAUGACACUCAUGGAAUUAUUAGGAAGGUUCAUGACCUACUGAAGUUGUACAAUGAAAUUGAUACUCCUCCUGAGCGUUUGUUGUUUAAAAUUCCUGCAACUUGGCAAGGGAUAGAGGCCUCAAGAUUGCUGGAAUCUGAGGGCAUACAGACCCAUUUGACCUUUGUUUACUGCUUUGCUCAAGCUGCAGCUGCUGCACAAGCUGGUGCCUCUGUUAUUCAGAUUUUUGUUGGGCGCCUUAGGGAUUGGGCACGCAAUCAUUCAGGUGACCCUGAGUUAGAAGCUGCUCUUAAUAGGGGGGAGGAUCCGGGGUUAGCAUUGGUGACAAAGGCAUUUAAUUAUAUACACAAAUAUGGACAUAAAUCUAAGUUGAUGGCAGCAGCAGUUCGAAACAAGCAAGAUUUAUUCAGUCUUCUGGGGGUUGACUAUAUCAUUGCUCCAUUAAAAGUACUGCAAUCUCUCAAAGAAUCUGUCACUUCUCCUAGUGAGAAAUAUAAUUUUGUUAGGAGGCUAACCCCAGAGUCCGCUGCCAAUUACAAUUUUAGUGAAGAAGAGCUGACCAAGUGGGAUCAAUUGAGCCUGGCAUCAGCUAUGGGACCUGCUGCUGUGGAGCUUCUGGGAGGUGGACUAGAUGGGUAUGUAAAUCAAGCAAAACGAGUAGAAGAGUUAUUCGGAAAGAUUUGGCCACCACCAAAUGUGUGAAAAGCGUUCAGAGGAAUGUGCUUCGACUGAAGGAAAAGAGUUUGGACUGAUUACGCAUCCUGUCUUAAUCAUUCAUAGUAUUUGUGUUUUCGUGUCAUUCAAACCCAAUCCCCUGAAUUCUCUGCCAUUACUUUUGAAAUUUGGUGAGACCUUUCCACCUCAUCACUUCCAAUAAUUCACUACUGUUUCAUUCCAAACUUUUGUGAGUGUGUGAGGUCAUUUCUAGUUUCAUUACAUUUCUUGGACACGAAAUCAUUUGGGUUUUUAUAAUUUAAAAACCUUCGAUUUCAUAUUUGAAAUUAAAAAAAAAAUAAAAACUAUAAACACGUAGUGAAUUGACACUUUA